AUGCUUGACGUCUAUCGUGUUGCUUUGAAAGUCUUUUGGGAUGAUUCAAUCAUCAGUGAAUCGUUCCUGCCAUCAGAAGCGUCAUUGGCAAAGUGUCCCUUUUCACUUUCAGAUUUAAGUGCAAUGCCCGGCAAGAGAAAAAUAGAAGUUCUAAAAGAGUGCGGUAUACACCCUUAUGUUUUCCCAAUUUUUCUCCGAUCCAUACAGCACUUAACUACUCUUAAAAAAGCGGGCAAUUUGGCAAAAGGCAACAUGGUUCAUAGGCAUUUGGAAACGCGACACUGGAAUUCUCUUAGUUACAGCUCUUCACUCAUUGGCUGUCCUAAUGUUGACAGUAAGCCUUAUCAUGAAAGAUUCAGUGACAUAGUUCCACAGAAAACAACGGAAGAUAAACAGGCUGAGACAUCAAACUCAAAUAUUUCUGUCCACUAUAACGGGUUAAUGAAUCAGGGCGCAACUUGUUAUCUGAACUCUCUCCUCCAGUCACUUUUCCACAUUUCUGCCUUUCGGUCAAUCAUUUAUCAGAUGCCUACAAAGGAGGAGUCGAUAGAGCUUAGUCGGACGUAUCCGCAGGGCACAAAAUCAAUUCCGUAUGCGCUUCAACGCCUAUUCUGUAUGCUUCAGACAGCAACUGAAGCAGUAAGUACGACUGAACUUACAGAGUCUUUUGGCUGGAGUGAAGCCGAUAGUUUCAUUCAGCAUGACGUUCAUGAAUUAACACAUGUUUUGCUAGAAAAUCUUGAAAUGAAAUUAGAUUCACAAAGUGCAUCGUGCAAUACGGAUAAAAAUGUAAAGCAAAAUGCCAUUCACGAACUAUUCAAUGGUUUGUUGGAAAACUACAUUGAUGUUGACGAGGUAGAAUAUCACGGAGCACGCGAAGAACCCUUUUAUGAUCUACAACUUGUUGUAAAGAACACCAGGGAUAUAUACGCAAGCUUUGAUCGUUUUUUCCAAGCUGAGGUUCUGGAUGGGAAAAACAAAUACUGCUUGGAACGAGACGGGCAGAAAAGAUAUUAUCGCGCGACGAAAGGUGUUAGGUUAAAGGCGACCCCACUCAUCCUGUUACUGCAUCUGGCACGCUUCGAUUAUGACGUUGUGCAGGGUGAGAUGAAAAUAUUUUCACGUUGGGAUUAUUACAGUACGUUGGAUCUUUCUAAAUAUAUGCCUCAUGUAAAACCUGCUGAUACACAUUAUACAUUGUGUAGUGUAUUGGUUCACUCAGGUUCUAACACAGGAUUUGGUCAUUACUAUUGCUUUUUGCUUUGUUCUGGUGAGUGGUACAAGUUCAAUGAUGGUACCGUAACACCUGCGUCUUUGAAAGAUGUUUUUGGGGAUAAUUUUGGAGGUUAUCACACCAAUUUUUGGGGCUCGGAAGAACCCCAAAUAAGUACAGCAUACAUGCUCGUGUACAUUCGAACAAGUCAAAUGGAUUCCUUAUUACGUCCAAUAGGCCCUGAGGAUGUACCUAAACACGUAAUUGAUCAGCUGCAGCGUGAGAAGCUCGAUCAAGAAAGAAUUAAUAAAGAAAAAAUGGAAGACUAUCUUUGCGCGCACGUUCAGUUUCUUCAGCCAAGGGACUUGAUGGCAAAGGGGGAGUUUUCAUCUUCACGCCGUUCAUCCUUCCAAAAACAGCCAUCGCAUAGAACUUUGCGUGUUCUUUUGGAAGCGGAGGCUCUCCCAGAGUUCAUUUCUUUUGUGGAAAAAAUAUUCAAUAUUCCGGAAAAUGAUCAGCUCCUUUGGUAUGCUACUUUACCAUCUCACGGCAGCAAUCAUGACAUGUAUGUCCAACUGAAGCCACAUAUUAAAGUUAAGGAAAUAUCAAAGGGCUCGAACGAAUGUUACAUUUUAGUAACAUCGCUUACGAGUGAUUCGCUUGUAAUCUCAGAGGACGAAAAUUCCGAAUAUCAGUUAUUUCACCAUAAACUGUAUGAUCCUUUGCAGUUGAAAAUCUUUUUUAUCGGAAGCACCGUUGUCCGACGCAGUACAGAAGAGGAUGCCAAAAUAUCCAUUGAAAAAAUAGGAAAACGGGUUCGCGAAAUGAUUGCAAUACUACCAGACGAUUCAAAAAAGAAGUACAAACAUCAUUUACAGAAGCACCACCAAGCGCAACGCAAUCUGAAAUCUUCAGCUAGCGUUGAAGUCUUCAAAUGUGCGAACUCUGUUACUGAUGGUGUUUGUGAGGACGCUGACGAGGGAGGAGUGAACCCACUUCGCGGGAUGCCCACUGGGAAUUUGACUGUUGUUCGAGAAGUUGAUAAUCAUAGAUACUCUGAAUGCAACAUAUUGCUUUCGGGUGAUGUAUUAGUCUGGCAAUUGGAAAUUUCCGCCAAGGAUAAGGACGAUGCAUUCUAUCCGGAUGUGGAAUCAUUCCAACAUUCUUUCCGACAUUGUAUCCCAGUAGAAAUACGACUCAAUCAAGCACCUUAUUAUCCCACUUUGGUGAGCACCGAAUUAGGAAGCAGCAUGACCUAUGAGCAGCUUCAGCGUUAUGUUGCCCGGAUGAUUGGGGAAUCUGAUAACUAUGAUCAUGUUCGAUUUGUACGACACAACCCAGAAACUGAAUUGCCGUACUUCAUGAAAGCGAAAAAAAAGUCUAGACCGACGCUUUCAAUGCUUUUAACACCAGCUUCACAUUCGAUGGAAUACUUUUCCAGAUAUAUUUAUUACGAGUACUGCAAGUUUCCUGUAACCCAAAUUGAGGCAUCCCACUCUUUGGAAUUUAAACUCUACAAUGAUAAUGUCAAAGCAAUCAGUUCCCAUUGGGUGCUAAUGUCUCGCGAAUCACUCAUCAAGUCUGAGAGUAUUUUUAGAACGUGUGUUAAAGAAAUCCAAAAGGACUAUUCCACGGGUGCAGCUUGCAAAGUCCAAAACAGAGAAGAUGGGACAGAAGCUACUUCGACUGAAGGUUUCUGCAACUUUAUUAUGAAUCUCGACCCCGAGGAAGCGUGGAAGGUGUUGAGACUUGUUGACGUGUGGAAAGGAAGGAUUUACAACGUUCUGGAACGUGAUCACGCUCUUAUUUUGGGUCAUCAGACCUUUGAAGAGAGCUCUGAAUAUCGUAUUGAACGAAUUCCUCAACCAAUCCCUGGUAAACCAUUUGAAGAACAGUUUCUGGUACAGGUCCAUCACUUCACUUUGAAACGCCAGCGAAAGGAUCCGGUGGAAACAUAUGGUGAACCUUUCAGCUUCUACGUACUGAAUAAGGAAUUGCCAAGUGAAUUACUCCGUCGAAUUGCAUACAAACUGGAAAUCAACUUCGCUGCAAUUGUUGAUUGGAAAGUGUGUCUAGUGAAAGAAAAUACUGUGCUUGAAACAUCUGAAUUUCCUAUGGGGAUGCAACUUAUGCAUUUUUGUGCUAAGGAAUGUUAUGAACCAAAUCAAAAAGAACCCGCGAAAGCCGCCUUUGUUGGCUUAGACCACGCGCCAAUAACCAAGCGUAUACCUAAAAGAGAGGAAAAAAUAUUGAUAUUGAAUUAG